AUGCUUGCUGUGUCACCUUUCGGGAACACCAGAGAUGAGAGAGAGGGCGAGAUGGAGAGUUUUUUCGAUCGGAGUAUUGAUUUCGAUGACUUUUUCGGCGACAUCGACAACGAAGAUGCGUUGCCAAACUUGGAUAUGGACCCAGAAAGUCUUGCUGAGUUGUCAGCUAGUGGAGGUGAGGAGUCGGAGAUGAACAUAUCAGUAUCAGUCGAAAGGGCUGAUGAUAAUUCAGUGAAAGAUGAGGAGGACAAAGUUUCGGGUUCGGGCUUUGGUUCAGGGUCAAGCUUGAACCAAGGAGAGGAAAUUGUAAGUAAGAGAGAUGAGCCUGUUGGAGUUCAUGGAUCUCCAAAGGAAGUUCAUAAAGGAAGAAAAUCAUCAACACAGUCUAAGAAUUCUCAAGGGAAGAGGAAGGUGAAGGUGGAUUGGACACCAGAGCUGCACAGGCGAUUUGUACAAGCAGUGGAGCAGCUGGGUGUGGAUAAGGCAGUCCCUUCAAGAAUUCUGGAGGUUAUGGGAAUAGAUUGUCUUACUCGCCAUAACAUUGCUAGCCAUCUUCAAAAAUACCGAUCACAUCGGAAACACUUGCUAGCUCGAGAAGCCGAGGCAGCAAGCUGGAGCCAGAGACGGCAACUGUAUGGUGGCGGCACCACCGGAGGAGGAGGAGGGGGAAACAAGAGAGAGAUGAGCCUUUGGGUAGCACCCACCAUGGGCUUCCCUCCAAUGGCACCAAUGCACCAUUUUAGACCGUUGCACGUGUGGGGCCAUCCAUCCGUCGACCAAUCGUUAGUGCACAUUUGGCCAAAACAAAUAGCCCCUUCACCUUCUCCUCCUCCACCGCAGCCACCUACAUGGCCACCAGCUCCACCUCUUCAUCCACCACCAGCAGACCCUUCUUUCUGGCACCCACCCCGCCAAAGGGUUCCUAUUGCUCCAACACCAGGGACACCUUGCUUCCCACCCACACUGGCACCAAUGAGAUUUCCGACUGGACCGGUCCCCAGCAUUCCACGACAUGCCAUGUACAAAGUCGACCCUGGCAUUGGUGUCCCGGCUGCUCCGACGGGACAAACAUGCUCCCGCCCGCCAUUCGACUUUCAUCCUUCGAAGGAGAGCAUAGAUGCAACUAUUGGAGAUGUUUUAUCAAAGCCAUGGCUGCCACUUCCCCUUGGACUAAAAUCUCCAUCUACUGAUAUUGUGGUGGACGAACUGCAACGUCAAGGCACCGCCAAGCAUGGUGGAGAUGGUUUGGGCAAGCUGUCUUUUGCCCAUGGUGGAGUUGAGUUGGGCAAGCUGCCCUUUGUUGGUGGAGGCGAUUUUGCCGAGGAUGACCAUGUAGAGGGGCGCGUAGCACACCUGGAUGGGGCGAACAAAGGGGGCAUGGCAUCUCAGCCAAGUGCCUCUACUAGGUGCUCACCAUUGGCGAGCGGGCAUCUGACUGGGGGCCUAGGCGAGCGAGGCAAAGGGUUAGGCGCCCGUGUUAGUGGGGUGAAAACGUUGCCCAUUGCAACAACCAAGGGCGCGAAUAAGGGAGCUGUCCUAGCAGUGAGCAGAUUGGGAGUGAGGGUUGGGUGUGCAGGAGCACGGACUAUUGGGCGCGUAUGGGGUAUUGGCCUGGGUGCCAAUUUAGGCACUGUUUUGGGCAGUUCAGACGAGCUCAGUGUCUGUGUAGGGGAGGGAGCAACAGGGUGCCUAGUCUUUGGUGCCAAUCUGAGUAGUUUUGGCGUGCAAGCUUAUGGGGAUGGGCGUGCAGAGGUUAGGUUAGGCGCCCCGAUGACCCCAAUUGGGCGAGCAAGCCAGGUGAGAGGCGAGCUGUCCGAGCGAGAGAAUCAAACCGUUGAGACUUCUCUACUGUUGGGUGAGACCCAGUUAGCCAUGGGUACUUUUGGUGGUGACAACUCUGGGAAUGUAGUGGAUGAUUCGACUCCUUCAGGCGGUACUCCUAAAAGUCAAAUUCCUUGUGGUCUCCUUGGUAGUGGCUCAGGCAAUUCCUCAUGCUCUGGCAACAAAAAGCACAAAAGCAAAGUAGCUCUUGACGAUGAUGGGUCCGAAAUAAGUACCCCUUCUAGUUUGCUCAACACUGAUGAUGAUUUUCUAAGGAUUGUUUCUGCAUCAAAUUUUCUCAACUGUGUUAUGCCGUCGAGCUAA